AUGUCUUCCCCUUCCGCCUUCAAUUUUAAGGUUGGGGCCGGCGCAAACAAUCCCUCACGAUCACGGAGUAAGCAGAACGCGAGUUCGACAGAGGCCAAGCCGUUUUGCUCGGUAAGUGAUGGUAUUAGCAAUAUGGAAAUUGAUAAUGAUAUGUGCUUUGUGUUUGGUUCUAGUCGUUUUAAUUCCAAUUCAAAUUUCAAUUCAGGAGGGCAUAAUUACUUAAGUGGAAAUAUGGACAAAGCCAAAGUGAUUUCUGAAGUUUGCAUGAAGGUGAAAGUAGAGAGCGAAACGGAAUCUGAGCAAGUGGAAACCAAUGCUUGCAACGUAGCUAAUUCAAAGUGUCAGGGUGAAAAUGUAAGCUCUGUUUUUAGUAGUAAUAGAAUUGCAACUGAGAGACCUUGUGGAGAUAAUUGUGAAAGUAGUGAACGUGUUGUUUUUGGAAGCGAGAAUAAAAACUUGUGUACAUCAGGUUUUGAAGAUAUGAAGGGGAAAACUUUUCGAUUUUCUGUGGAAGGUAGUUCAGUAAGGAAAAAGCCUCAACGACAACGUAGAGAGAAAAGUAGAACCAAAAAUAGGAUGAAAGUUGGUCAUGAUGUAUUUGUUAUAACUCAGAGUUGCUCUACUCCGUCAGUUAAGGAAGUGGAUGUCCCUUCUACUUAUGCUAGUCAUGAAACCUGUGAAGCCUGUGCGGAGUUCCGAAUAAGGGGAAACGAAGCUCAUUGCAAUGAUGAUUUUUUAAAAGAGUAUUACACACUGGGAAUAGUAUCUAUACGUGCAAGUGAAAGAUCAGAAUGCUGCCAUAAGCGUCUUUCGCUAUGCUAUAGAGAUCGUGCAGCAGCAAGGGUGUCUCUGGGAAGGAUAAGGGAAGCUUUAGCGGACGCUUUGAUGGCUAUUCAACUGUACCCUAGGUUUCCUGAAGAUCAAGUUAGGGCUGCAAAUUGCCAUCUUCUUCUCGGGGAAGUUGAACAUGCACUGAAGUACUUCAAUGAGUGCUUGGAAUCAAAAAAUGAUGUGUGUUUGGACCGGAGAGUUGUAAUAGAUUGUGUUGAUGGCAUAAAAAAGGCUCAGAAAGUGGCUGGGUGUACAAAUCGUUCUGCCACGCUUCUGGAACGGAGAACUACCGAUGCUGCUCUUAGUGCCUUGGGAAUAAUUUCUGAGGCUUUGUCGGUUAGUAUAUACUCGGAAAAGUUACUUGAAAUGAAAGCAGACACACUGUAUUUGUUAAGGAGGUAUGAAGAGGCAAUUCAAGUGUGUGAACAAAUUAGUUUCCAUUCCGCGGAAAUUAAUUGUUUUCGUGUAGAAAGUAUGGACGGUUCUGGAUGUAAUUACCCAUUUGCUAGGUUGUGGAGGUGGGUUUUCAUUUCCAAAUCUUACUUUCAGCUGGGAAGGUUUGGGGCAGCUCUUAGUUUCGUGGAGCAAGUGAGAUUUAUACAAGACAGGUAUGGAAGUAGGAAUAUGGAAUCAUCAAUUUCAGCAGCUGUCACCAUACGUGAACUGUUAAGCCACAAGACCACAGGUAAUGAAGCAUUUAAAGCAGGAAGAUAUACAGAAGCCGCAGAGCAAUAUACUAUUGCUUUAUCAAGAAAUAUUGGAUCUCGCCCAUUUGCUGCAAUUUGUUUGUGCAACCGUGCUGCAGCUCACCAAGCUUUGGGUCAAAUUAUGGAUGCCAUUGCAGAUUGCAGUCUUGCAAUAGCUCUUGAUGAAAAUUAUGGUAAGGCAGUUUCUAGAAGAGCUGCCUUACAUGUGAUGAUACGGGACUAUGUACAGGCAGCUAGCGAUAUCCAAAGACUUGUAUCUAUACUGGAAAAGCAAGCUGAUGAAAAGGCCAAAGAGUCUACCUCAGAAGGCUCUUCCAAUGCCUGUGCAAAAAAAUUACAGCAGGCUCGUCGACGUUUGCCAUCAAUGAAAGAAAAAGCUAAGAAAGGAAUCCCCAUGGAUUUUAACCUCAUUUUGGGGAUUAAACCAUCUGACACAAGUUCUAAUAUCAAGAAGGCAUACCGCAUGGCAGCUCUCAAACAUCAUCCUGACAAGGCUGGCCAGUUCUUGGGAAGAAAUGGGAGUCAAGAUGAAGGGCGACUGUGGAAGGAAAUCUCUGCCGAGGUUCAGAAAGAUGCUGAUAGGCUGUUUAAAAUGAUUGGAGAGGCAUAUGAAGUACUAUCAGACCCAAGCAAGCGCUCAAAAUAUGAUCUCGAGGAGGUUAUGAGAAAAGCAGCAAAUGAAAGAAAGGAACAAAGCAGUCGAAGAAAACCUUCAGAUUUCCAGAGUCCUAAUAAAACCAGCAGUUGUAGAGAACCUUCAUACUUUAAUGAGUGUCCAAGCAGACCCAGCAGUUAUAGAAGAUCUGGUUUUUAUAGGUCCCCCUUUGAGAGAACAUGUCCGGAUGAAAGGGAAAGUUGGAAGUCAUAUGGCUGA